CCAUCGCAGACCAAUAGUAGACAGGUGCCAACAUGGCUGCUACUGCACUGCCUCGUCUUCUCGUGACAUCGCCCUUUGUCCUGGCAACGAUAGUUUAAUUUACGUCGAAAAGUUCUGAUCAGCGACACGCGAGAGACGACACAUCCUUUAGAUGGAACGGCGAACUUCAAUGGAAGACUUCAGCUAGCAAGAUGUCAACCCGCUCGCAGCUCACGAAAGAUCUGAACGAAUCGGUGAAAGCGUUACUUGGCAAGCAUGUGAAAAUACUGUUAAAAAACGUGGUGAAACUAGAAACGAAGCAGGAUAAACAGGAAAAUCGUGUUCUCGUAUUUUCACCAUGUCGCCUCUUUCUCUUAUCGGCCAAAGUACCCACAAGAAUCGACUGCCAUUUUCAUUAUUUAGAGAUAACGGCCAUAGAGUCCAAACGAGCAAAUCAGCUAUGUUUGACUGUCGGAGAACGAUAUUACAAUUUUACUACAACCAGCGUAGGUAUAGAUACUACAGAAGUGGACGCUAUGAUAGAGGCCUUACACACGGCGAUUCGAAAUAUCUUCCCUACAGUACCGCUAAAUUAUAUUAUACGAAAGAUAGAAGUAAUACCAGCUAGCAGAUUGCAAAGUAUAAGAGGCAGUGAAUUAGCCAGAAGCACAGAAGCUACGAGACACACGGGUCCAUGUGGUGGUUUCUCAACACAAUAUGCAUGUAUGUGCGAUCUACAUGGCGUGCCGUACAGAGAGGAAGUGGCUUGGGACGUCGAUACGAUAUAUCUUUCGCACGACACGAGGGAGCUGAAUUUAAGAGACUUUGAUCAUUUGGAUCAGAAGGACUUGGUACCGAUUAUCUCAGCUUUGGAAUACAACACCUGGUUCACAAAAUUAAGAGCAUCCCAUCUUAAGCUGAGCCAUGAGCCCUUGGAGCGACUGUUACACGUUAUGCGAAGAUCCUUGUCCAUUCAGGAACUUUAUCUGGACAAUCUCGGGAUCAAAUGGGAUUUCGCUCACAAGCUGUCGUUGGCCUUAAUUUCUAAUGCUAACACGAUGCUGCAAACGAUAGAUCUGUCGCACAAUACGAUUGAGGACAAAGGAGCCUCUAGCUUGUGUGGGAUAAUAGCCAAGUUAAUGCAAGGUGGCACGCACCUGAGUGGUCCUAUUGGCAAGCUACCUAAGGGUCUGCAGAAGUUGAACCUGGCCCACUGCGGAUUAACCGGCAAGGGAGUGGGCCAGAUAGCGCAUGCGUUAAGCUUGAACAGAAGCAUGCCGACUAGCUUGCGAUAUCUGAAUUUCUCGGAGAACACAUUGAAAGACGACAUCAAUAAUCUGUGCAAUUUUCUGGCGCAACCCAAUAGUCUAACACAUUUGGACCUUAGCGGUACUGAUACUACUUUAGAAUGUUUAUUCGGUGCAUUGCUACGGGGUUGUGCAACUAAUCUAGUCCACCUGAACGUCGCCCGGAAUUCCUUUUCGAGCAAAAAGACCAAAGAGAUACCUCCGAGUUUUAAGCAAUUCUUCACGGCUACUCUCUCGUUGAAGUACUUAAACAUAUCCUCCUGCAAACUACCGUUGGAGGCGCUGAAACACCUGCUACUCGGCCUGGCGUGCAACGAAAGUACAGUUGGCCUAGAGCUUGAUAUGAGCGGGAACAAUUUGGGUUCCAUGGGCGCCCACGUUCUGGAGUCGUGCAUUCACGGAGUUCGAUGCAUAGCGUCGCUGGAUAUAUCGGACAGUAACAUGGACGUGGAUCUGGCGCAAGUCGUAACGGCCGUAGGUAAAAACAAAUCGAUAAAGCAGCUGUACAUGGGACGCAAUACCGCCAGUAUGAAGAGCAAGCAUAUAGCCGUUGUGAUGGACGCGUUGGUGCAGAUGCUUCAGGAGGAUGACUGCGUGCUCCAAGCGUUGCAUCUGCCCGAUUCGCGAUUGAAGGGCGAUCUCUACAAUCUGAUCAACGCUCUCGGUAGUAACACGUGUCUGCACACCCUCGAUAUCAGCGGCAAUCAGAUAGGCGAUCCUGGCGCAAGGUUGCUGGCGAAAGCGUUGCAGAUCAACAAUCAUUUGCGAGCCAUCAUAUACGACAAGAACAACAUCACGUUACAAGGUUAUGCGGAUAUUGUUCACGCCCUGGAAAAAAACUGCAGCGUGCGGCACAUGCCGUUUCCGAUCUACGAUCUGCAGCCUUGCAUGAAAACGUCCGCGGAGAAGACGGAGCAAUUGGCCAAGAAGAUACAGGAUCUGCUACAGAGAAACGUCACGCCGUGCAAGUACAGUCACGGGCAGGCGUUUAGAUUGCAGCAGGGAUUUUUGUUGAGCUCUACACAACAAGUAGUCGACAGACUCGUUGUACAGACGCAGGACACUAUCAAAGCCUUAGCGGCGGAGAGCUGUGAUGCUAACAAUGACAUUAAUUAUGCGACCGGUCUCAUACAGGAUGCGGAUAAUUCCAAACAGUUAUUACCAAGAUUACACGAAGUACUGCAAAGACGGGACGAAAAUAAUCCGAUUGAAUUGAAGUUGCAUGAUAUGGCAAAUGAAAUUCACAAGGUUGUGACGGUAUAUCUACAGGAUUCUUUGGAUGCGAUGUUGAAAUGCGUGAAUGAACAGUGCCCCACCAUAUUGUCACAAACAGUGAUCAGAGGCGAUGAGAGCGAACCGAUCGCGGUACAAGAUGAUCUUCGUAAUACAUGCAAAGAGAAAAACCAAAUCAAUAACGAAUUCAUACAUACCACCAUUACCGAACAAGCUGGCGCAGAUAUCGUUAAUAGAGUCAAUGAGCUCAAUUUGGCAGUUGCUGCACAUAUAUCUGACAGAAUUACGGACGAAGUAAUUGAAUCAUUGUCAAGAAGUUAUAAAACUCUGAUUGGAGAUUGUGAUAGUCGAACGAGGAGCAGCACGCCAGAUGUUCUACGACCUAGCGCCGGCUCAAUGAGCAGUGGAAGCGUGAUCGGUGUGACUAGUGCAAGCGGUAUUUCUAUGACGUUACCUCCUGGUAGAGCCAGUCUCGUUUCCGAAGAGGACUGUCCGCCGGAAACAUGUUCGUUGGCAAAUUCCAUCGGCCAAUGCGUCAGUGAUCAAUCGCCGAUGAAAUUGGACUAUCUUAAUUUGGCGACGCCACAUCUGUCGAAUAAACGUAAGAGCUUGCACGGAAGAAAACUCAGACCCAAGUCUGUGGUGGAUUCGGUGGAGGGAUUGUCCGCCGAUGAUAUCCCGGAUCUCUUACCGUCGUUGCCGAAGAGCCAAGCUGAAGCUAUCUCGGAAACUGAACAUUCGCUGACAGAGUCUUUAGACUCUGUCUCGGAAUUGCCCAAUACCGUAGGUCAGCAGCUUCAGCAUCUCGUCAAAUCUAGGCCGCGCAGGACAAAGACGAGAGCACCUACGAGACCGAUGUUACGACCGGAUCAGCCGAUCGACGGUCUCGCCUUGGGCGAAGGUCUCGACGUGUUCUUCCGACCUACCACACCAACCACGCCUUUGAUAUCACCCACAAGUGAUGACAGCUCUCUACAUACUUUCCCAACGGACGGCAGUCCUAAUCUGUCGUUGACAAGCCACAAGAGCAUCCCUCCGGACAUGGAGAAGAAACACAGCUGCAAUUCGCCGAUGUUGAAGACACUCUUAGAACCCGCACCGCGUUCACGCUCCAGUGACAAUCUAGAGAAAUUCUCCCCUCUUGUCGGCAGAAGAUCUCAAGGCGAUUCUCCGUUGACCGCGUCGCCACUCGCCCGACGCAAUACCACCGACAGCGCUCAGACUCACGAGAGAUCCGGCGUGAAAGGUGAGGCCUUCGCGAAGGAGACGUGCAACAAUGCCGCUGCAAACGACGUGAGCGACGAUUCUAAGCGCAGCACGCUGACAAACGUCUCGAGUAUGAGUCCGCGUGGCUCACGCGAUAUCGACGACAGUUUCGCGAGCACGUCGGACAGGGACGCGUCGGUGACGAUGUCCAAGGAGCAGGACAGUCGCAAGAGUGGUGUAAAGAAAUCCACCACCGACACUGACAAGUCAUCCGUGAAGCUGCGGUCCACUGGCUAUGAUCUAAGAAGUCCUAUUAACGGUAAUAGUGGGGCCAAGAAUAUAUCUUCCACCGAUUCGGCCAAGUCCCCGAUAUUGAAGCCACUGGCGAAGAGCAGCGGGUCUACGAGUGACGGAAAGAGCAACGGUGCACUGUUGAAGAACAAGCCGACCCCGCCGGCGACGGCUCCUAAACCGCGACCGUGGAGUAUGACUACUGAUCGGAAAUCUGGUGAAUUCAGUCUGUUAAGCGACGGCUCCAGCCCGAACACCUCGGCGGGCAACACACCGGAUUCCGGCGAUGCUCUCGACGAGUCGACCGACAGCGGCGUCAGUGGUCCGGCUUCCUUGCCGCCGACGUUAUCAGCGAGCAGCACCGCGAGCUCGUUGAGCAACAACAGCGUCGAGAAGAGGUCGGUGAGGGAAUUGGCGGCGAGCUUGAACAAGAGUAAGGCGGACAGGAAGGAGAAUGAACAUACCGCACCUGCAGCAUGGCGGUCGUUGCUUCAACGUUCUGUCGACCGAGCGGACACCAAGGUAACGGAAGUGCCGAGAAUGGUUGAGGAGAGUCGUCUCAGCUUUAAACUUCGUCGCACGUCAUUCCUGCGCGAUUCGAACUUCAACUACAACAACGAUGUGGUUGACGUUUGAUCGGGAGCAAACGGCCGGCGUCGACGUCCCUCUACUCACACGAAGAGAGUCCUCUUCUUCCUGCGCACGCCGUGCGGAGCCGAUAUCUGGCACACCGAUGACAUACAGUAACGGUACUUCAUGUCUACGUGCCAUAGAUGGUCUCACUGCGUUCUCUAUGUACAUACCGCGAGCGGUUUUACUAUUAGCGACAGGGUACCGACAGUUUUUACAGCUACGGAGAAGCACUAAUCCGUUGUUAAGGUGGCAUUAGAAAUCUUAUACUAGUUUUGUAAUGACGUUGCGUUUUUAACGCGCGCGGCUGUAUUUCGACUUAGUCGUCAUUAGAUACGCGUUCUUCGCAAUUUACGCUUUGUACGUUUCGUGUGACGAGACCGAUUUUUCACUUUUUCAGUAAAAACGAGCUCCGACUCAGUCUCUUUGUCCUCGGGCCGUCGAGGCGUCGGGUGAAAAACCACUUCCAUUUGCAAGCAGCGUCUCAUUCCGUCGAUCCGAUUAGCGAUUAUCCGUUAGCAUCGUUACUAAGAGGCAGGUUGUUGGCAAAGUAUUUUAUUCUUCGAGGAUUCGUUUUAAUGUAUAAAUACUAUUGUAUAAAUAUUGUUUGUCUGUGCAUUUUAACAGCGAGGAUGUUUAGAAUAGACGAGUCACACGUCGCGCGAUUUCAGCCAGAUAAAUUAUGGAACUUCUUCGGUCUCACUUUCGCGUAUCGGACGUAAUGAGUAGCGACAGCGAUCGAAGCUACAUAGAACAUGUAGAAGAGAAAGAGAGAGAGGGGGGAGAGAGAGAGGGAGAGGGAGAGGCGUCUUCCAAGAUCGCGGUAGGAGCCGUGUAAUAUCGAGAUUUCGUGCACAUGCGUGACUUUCGUUUCGUUUGAAAAGAAUACAUGCAGUAACAUCCAUUUCGACUCGCGUUCUUUCGUUUUCAAUGCGGCAUGUGUGUUCUUAAACUGUGAUUGAUUCGUAGAAAUGUUCACACACGUGGGUUCGGUGCAUCGUAGUUCCUACCACGCGGUGAUACGUUCUACCGUCUGCAAAAGACGCUGACAAGCGCAUAUAGGUUAUCAGUGGCAGCUCUUAUCACAUUCGUUACUUUACCGAUGCAGCUAAUGACUCUCUUCUUAGCGAAUAUAAUGGAAUUGAUGAUGUACGAAGCGAGAUAUUGUCCAACGGACAGAUUGAUUCCGUUGCGGACUGUUGAUCUUGAUCUUCGUCGUUUGGAUUGUACAAGUUGUAAAUCGAUCUCAACUUUCAGUAUUGCGUCACUCGACGUUACUCUCUUUUUUUCUAUUCAAACCAGUUCAUAAGUAUUCUUUGUGUUUUUUUUUAUCAUCGCAGAAACUCAACCGAAUGAAAAUCAUUGAUCAUCGCCAUAAACGUAGAACUUGUGGAAAGUCGCAAUCGCUCGUGUUUUCGACAGAAAGAGAGAAAGAGAGAGUGUGUAAAAUUUUAUAGAUACAUCUCUCGCGUCGUUCGAUCGAAUAACAAUACGAAAUUAGUAUACUGAAAUUGCUCGCGUUGCGAACAUUCGAACGGCGUCUCUUGUCACAAUGAGAAAGCGUAUUCUUUAGGACGUUCAACUCGGUGCAGUUUAAAUUAAUCUCGCGUCGACGAUGUAUUUGUCUUUUUAUAUAGCGAUAAAAACGCGUGUACAUACAUAUGUAAAAAGUAUAGACUUACAUGUAGGCAUAAGUAGUGAAAGGGAAAAGAGAAGUAUAUAAAGUAAAACACUCGUAGAGAUUCGCGAUUCUCUUACGUCUUCGACGAGGGAAGAAGCAACGCGCAAAAGAGAAAAAACACCCAGUUCGAGACGUCUUGUGAGUUUUUUUUACCGCUUGCUAUUAUCAGAUCGUGUAACACAUUGAUAUUAUACACAUACCGAUUCUCUCUCAUAUGAGGAUACAUGAAACAUGUGAUCGUUGCAUUUUAUCAUGAUAUUACACAUUAAACUGAGAAAAGAUAUAUGUAUAUGUAUAUAUCAUUUUUCUUCUGACAUUAAGCACGAUCGAGUAUUAAAAUUAAAGAAAGAGAAAGCGUCGUGUGUCGAGAUGAAAAAUUGCGUGUACGUGUAUGAGUUGAGUGUACACACACACGCACGUGUACCGCGAGACAUAUACUUAAUUUGCGUCAACCUAACUGUUCAGUGUACGUAUGAGAGAUACAUUAGACAGUCAUAUAUAUGGACACAUAUGGAUCUAUAUGAGACGUCAUGGGCGAAACAUGGAGAAAUGCCCGACGAUCGAGAGAGAAUCGAGGAGAGAUGAAUGAGCAAGGUUGGGAAGUAACGCAUUACUCGUGCCGCCAUUACCCCGUUUAAAGUUACUUUAUUUUUAAUUAAAUUUUAAUUACACAAUAAUUACGAUUUAAUCCCGUUUUUCAAAUAAUGAUUAAUGAUGAACAAUUAUGAUUGUCUUUACCUCCGUUUACUUCGCAAAAAUUAUCAAGACUCGAUGAAGAAAGUAAAGAAAUUAUAACGACACGAGUUUCUUGAGCAUCGAUGACGAUAACGUUUUACUUUUCUAAUGCAUGACGAGCAACGAGUUGCUUGUAAAAAAUAACUUUCCCAAUUCUGCCAAUUGAAGGGAAUGUAAUUUAUCCUUACCUCGAUUGCAUCGUAAGACGUCUAUCAGACGGUCACUGGUUCUAAAGCACACUUCUUUCUUCUGAACUAUGCAUAUAAAUUACGUGAACAAGGUGCAUUCUCGCUAAACACUCGUAUGGUCUACUCUAGAUAAAUGUAAGGGGAGGUUUCGUAUCAAUAUAUAUUUAAUCGAUCCGAUUCGACAAACGAAUAGCUACUUAAUAAGCGCGUUUCAUAAUACUACUUUUAGACGCGCACCUCCGAUGAUUUAAACAACCGUCUUUAGGACGAAUAUUAUUCCUACAUACGCGACUCCGCGUGCAUAUCUAUUAGAUCGGUGCGCUAAUAAUGGUCGAUCUUCGCCGGUCCCUUCUGUCUCCUUGUCGUGAUAUUGUUACUGUUAAAUUUAAGAGUUGGAUAGACUCGUACGCAUUUGACACAGACGAAUCAAGAAUGAAGAAUAAAUUUAAGACAAUGUAAUAUAGAGAUAGAAAACGGAGAUUAUAAUGAUAUAACGCGAGAUCGGCGAUUAUACUUCUUCGCAUCGACCCGAGAUAUACAACCUCUCAGUAGUUGACCAAAAACUUAAACAUAUACACAUUUAAUUACGUUAUAAGUAAUUGCGUCAUAUAUACAUACAUAUAUGUAUAUAUGUGUAUGUAUGUACGAGGUACACACGAGGUAUACACGAACACUUUCUUUCGAUGCAAGUAAGAAACGCAACUGUUUAUCCAAUGAGAGAACUUAACUUCUGAGAAUGUACGAAUAUAGUUCUCUCAUUGAAUCGUCGGUUUUGCGUUUUAAGCUGCAACGAGAGAAAAGUGUUCCAACCGUAAAAGCGAGUAUAAACCGCGCAAUGAGCGAUAUAUUGUCUUAUAAGAGGAAAACCUGUGUAUCCGGAGGAAAAUCUACGCAAUCGCGCGUGUAAAAUGACUCUGCCGAUUAUUGUGCCAAAAAUGUACGCCAUCUAUACGGAAAUCACGUACAUUUUUUAUACGGUUGUAAAAGGUCUCGUUGCGUUCUCCGCGUAAAGAUUAUCUCAUUUUUCAACGUCAUUUCAUCCGCUCGUACGGAUCUGUCGAGGAUAGAUUUUAACGGCAUUGUAAAUAACUACAAAAAAGUAAGGGUUUCAUCUUUUUUUAUUCCAUGACGUUUUAUCAUUCACUAAUUUCACUGAACGGAAUUGCGUUACCUUCAUUCGUGUGUAUAUACAUAUAUUUAUACAUUAUACAGGAAAAGAAAGAGAGACGAAAAUCACUCGUGUGUGGCGUAUGUGUGUGCGUGUAUGUGUGUGUGUGUGUCGCCUGUCGCAUGCGACAUAGUGUGCAUGUGAGAGAUACUUGUACGCAGUAUAUUUAAAUUCUUCCCCGAUAUACAUUCCUAUUAUACAUACACGAUAUUCUAUAUACAUACGACGCAAAAAAAGAUCACCACACUACAGAGACAGACGAUACAUAUAAUACCGAAAUACAUUGUGAAUAUUAAUGCCAUCGCGUUCGAUGUCGCAUUCGCUCAAAAAAAGUUCAGAUGCGCAAAUAACAUUUGAUGUUAACAUUUGCAAUCUAUUUUGGUUGGAUGGCUUAUUAGAAGCGCGAUAUUAACCCGUUAUCCGAAUAAAAUAAAGUCUCAUAUCACAUGUA